UGGGUUCCAGGGAUCAUCACAGCUCACUCAGGACCCUUGUCAUAUGAAGUCAAGGUUGCACCCAAUACAGUAUGGCGACAGCAUAUUGAUCAACUCAGAGAGUCUGCAGUGACUCCAAACUUUAAUAAGGAACAGUACACACCACGAUUAAACCCAGCGGUGUUGGCAGCAACACCACAAUCAGCAAGUACCGUGGAGAAUGAAGAAUUACAGGCUCCCACUAUGAGUGGCAUGGAGGAACCACGGACCAAAGAUACACAUGUGGACAACACCCCUGACAACCCUACCAGCAGCCAAAGUGAGACCAUGAUUAGCAGUCCGGCAACACCACCAUGCAGACGUUAUCCCCUUCGGCUACAGAAGCCACCAAAGAGACUGAACCUGUAA